AAACCUAACCUCAAAGUUUGUUUACACAUUUAACCGGUUUUGUGGGAGGAUGUCGCAGAAGAGAAAAUUGGAUGAAUAUCACGAUCCUGACUACCCAAAAAACACUGAUAAGAAGCAAAAAAGUCCCACGGAAGACAGAGAUGCGAGAAUAAGUGAAAUCAUCAAGAGGGAAUUCAAGACGGAGCUAGAGGAGCGUGAAAAGGAAGUCAUAGAGAUUGAGAAUCGCAUUGCGGAGGCAAAGAAGCAACUUCAGAAUCUCAAAUAUGCCGCUGUGGCGAGUUUCUACAAAAGGGGUGAAAUUUCCAAGGUGGUGCACGAAGAGAGGGAUGCCCUUGAGGAGGAAUCACUGCCCAAAGAUCAAAUAGCUCUUCAUCCGGCAAUUAAGAAGCUCGUGGGGAAGACACCAAGGAGCUACAGUGAGCUCAUUACGAAUGUUCCAACGAGGAGAGCAGCUCGAGAUGCUGUAUCACUCCUCCGGAAGGUACCACCAAAAGGGAAGAAAGAGGAAAAGGCAUCAAGUGAACGAGUGGAAGUUGCAGAAAAGGAUAAGGAAGAAGAGGUCCAGCCUGAAAUAACCAGCUUGAAUUCUUCUCGUGGACGAAAUCAGGAGAAGCACGUGAUUGUCGUGGGAAAUACUUCCAAGUAUAUUGGGGAGAGUAAGCUAAGUUCUUCUGUGUCACACAAAUGGCUAGUCUAUGUGGCCACAAAGAGUCACCAGCCACUGGAGAAGUUGGUGGAGCGCGUGAGAUUCUUCCUGCAUCCCACAUACCAGCCAAAUGAUUGUGUUGACAUCGAUGCACCUCCCUACAAGAUUUCUCGAUACGGCUGGGGAGAAUUUACAAUCCGUGUCCAGCUUCAUUUCCUUCCGGAAAUCAAACAGAAACCCAUUCAGAUCUAUCACAGAGUUAAGCUGGAUGAGAAGCAUACGGGUUUGGAGACUGUUGGAGCUGAAACUAUUGCUGAAUUGUGGCUCAAUAGAAUUGCAGAUCUUCCCAAGGAAUCAGUGUCUCCGGAAAAGAGGAAAACUCCCCAAAAGAUUCCUGAAAAUGCAAACUUCGUGAAUGUAAAAUCACCCCACGAAUUGUUUGGAAGAGAAGAAAUUAAUUUGAAAGGAAAAUCCAGAAGAGAAUUGCAAGAGUCCCUUCCUUCGCAUCUCUAUGAUCACUGUUACACCAGGAAUAGUCUUCAGUCUGGAAAAGCAAGAUUGGCGGAAUUAUUCAAUUCAAUUCCAUUUACAAAUGUUCGGGCAGCAGCUGAAUUUCUCCUUCGACGUCUUCCUCUUGUUUGUCCGGACUUUCAGCAGGAUUCUCCGUCAAUGUGGAGCUUUCCAUUUGUUUGUUUAUCAGAAAUAUUCUUCAAGAAUCUUCACAGUGCCAAGAGAUUUAGUAAUGAGUGGUUUCGAGCAAAGUUCAUCUGUCGUUUGCUUUGCAAUCAUCCUAAUCUGAGGAACAGCAAUGUGUGGACUACUAAGGAAAUUAUUCUAUUCUCUCGGAAACAUUGCUACGUGCCCAGAAGUAUUCGUGAAAAUGCCUCAAGUCCAGAUUUCAAAAAUUUCCUCAAAGAAGAGAUUAAAUGGGAGAAAUUUCCUUCAUCAACUUCCACGACAAGCUCAAAAAUACGCACUUGGCUCUCUUUCCAAAAUCUCCCAAGAAAGAAGGAUGAUAAAGGAGAGGAAUUUAUUGAUAUUGAGGACAUUCCUGAAAGUAAAAACUCUACAAGAAGACUGGAAAAUCCAUCAAUUUCCACAAAUAGUUUGACUUUCUUUAACUUGACCAAUGUUCUCGGAAGUCAAUCAUGUGAGGAUCCCGAUGAUGCUUUAACCGCUAUGCGGGUAAUUUUGAAAAUCUUCCUGGAGGAUCUCCUAAGACGAAGUGCAGCAAAUGUGAUAGAUGACUCCCCAAUACAGACACUUCACAUUAAAUCCUCAUUGUUGAGCCGGAAAGAAUUUGAUUUUCUCACAAAUCACAACUUGGGAAAAAAUCCCACACAGCACACAGUAGAGACUCAGGAGGAGCAACAUGCCCAGAUUUUAGGCACUGCCAACGUCUCAAAUCACUGAAAUCACAUCCAAUCCGUCGCGCGGUAUUUAUACCAUUUGAGGACACAUCGAGACGCCUGCGCAUCGUAAAUCCUGCAUCACGGAUAUUCGCGUGAAAGAAAAAAAAAGAAAA